AUGGCGGUGGCGCGCGUCGACGCGGCUUUGCCUCCCGGAGAAGGAUCAGUGGUCAAUUGGUCAGGUCAAGGACUACAGAAAUUAGGUUCAAAUUUACCUUGUGAAGCGGAUAUUCAUACUUUGAUUCUGGAUAAAAACCAAAUUAUUAAAUUGGAAAAUCUUGAGAAAUGUAGACGAUUAAUACAGUUGUCAGUGGCUAAUAAUCGGCUUGUAAGGAUGAUGGGUGUGGCCAAACUGACUCAACUCCGGGUGUUAAAUUUGCCUCAUAAUAGCAUUGGCUACGUGGAAGGACUAAAGGAGCUAGUACAUUUGGAAUGGCUGAAUUUGGCAGGAAAUAAUCUUAAGGCCAUGGAACAAAUCAAUAGCUGCACAACUUUACAGCACCUCGAUUUAUCAGACAAUAACAUACCCCAGAUUGGUGAUCUAUCUAAAUUAGUGUCCCUGAAGACCCUGCUUUUACAUGGAAACAUCAUCACCUCUCUCAGAAUGGCAUCUGCUUUUCUACCCAGAAAUCUCACUGUGCUUUCUUUGGCAGAAAAUGAAAUCCGAGACUUAAAUGAGAUCUCUUACUUGGCAUCCUUGACUAAACUGGAGCAGUUGUCAAUCAUGAACAAUCCUUGUGUUAUGGCAACACCUUCCAUUCCAGGGUUUGACUAUCGACCAUACAUCGUCAGCUGGUGCUUAAACCUCAGAGUCCUAGAUGGAUACAUGAUUUCUCAGAAGGAAAGUUUGAAAGCUGAAUGGCUGUAUAGUCAAGGCAAGGGGAGAGCGUAUCGGCCCAACCAACACAUCCAGCUUGUCCAGUAUUUGGCUACAGUAUGUCCUCUCACUUCUACGCUGGGUCUUCAAACUGCAGAGGAUGCGAAAUUAGAGAAGAUUCUGAGCAAGCAGAGGUUUCACCAGAGACAGUUGAUGAAUCAAAGCCAAAGUGAAGAAUUGUCUUCUCUUGCUCCUGUUGAAACAAAGUCACCCCUUGUCCCUGAGCAUUCAAGUCCUGUUCAUGAUUGCCAAGUAGUCCAGGAAAGUGAACCCAUCAUUCAAGUCAAUUCUUGGAUUGGCAUAAGCAAUAAAGAUGAUCAUCUAUAUGCUGUUAUGAAUAACUUUCCAGCCUCUGUACACACUACAAGAUAUUCUCGAAAUGACCUACACUUAGAAGACAUCCAGACAGAUGAGGACAAGCUAAACUGUAGUCUUCUCUCUUCAGAGUCUACUUUCAUGCCAGUUGCAUCAGGAUUAUCUCCAGUAUCACCUACAGUUGAGCUGAGACUACAGGGUAUUAACUUGGACCUAGAUGAUGAUGGUGUUAAAGAUGAAUCUGUGAAAGGGCUGGAAAAUCAGGACUUGGAUAAAGAAGAUGAAAAGGCUUUAUGGACUGCAAAUGAGAAUUCUGUUAAAAUAAAGCAAAGGGAGAUCAUUGCAGAUGUAAAUGAGAAAAUUGGGCUGUUACUUUGUCCUGAGCCAGCAAUAACCAGUAAUGUCUUAAAGGAUGAUAACCAUGGUCUUACAUCUUUUCCUGAGUCUGUUGGACAAAAUGUCUUCCAUACACAGCCAGAUAGUGAAGACACUAUGUCUCAAACUGCUUUAGAUAGACUUUCCUGUCGGAUUUUAACCCAAAGAUCUGUUGCUCUGGGCAAAGAUGAAAUUACCCUUCAGAAAUUGAAUGAAGCAGCCACCAAGCUUCAGGCCUGUUGGCGGGGUUUUUAUGCCAGGAACUACAACCCUCAAGCCAAGGAUGUGCGUUAUGAGAUUCGACUGCGCAGAAUGCAGGAACACAUCGUCUGCUUAACUGAUGAAAUAAGGAGAUUGAGAAAAGAAAGAGAUGAAGAACGUAUUAAAAAAGUUGUGCAAGAAGAAGCUGUGAGAUUCCUUUGGAACCAGGUCAGGUCUCUACAAGCUUGGCAACAGACUGUGGACCUUCGUCUCAAUUCCUGGCAUAAUGAUGUGCCAAUAUCAAGUACUCGAGUGCCACCUGAACUGCCACUACUCACGGAAAGUAAGAAGCCUUCUGCUCAAAAUCCAGACUGGUCCAUUGCUCAUGAUGAAGCUCCUCCAGAGAAAUCCUUACUAGAAUUUCCAGACUCUGGUUUUCAUUCCUCCCUUUCAGAACAAGUUCAUUGUUUACAGGAUUCUUUGCAAUUUGAAAGAUGUUCUACUGAGGACAGUGAAAGUUCCAUAAUGGGAAAUUCCACUGACACAGUCAAAUAUGGAAGAGAGUCAGAUUUAGGGGAUAUUAGUGAAAAAAAUGGUGAGUGGAGUAAGGAAAGCUCAAACAAUGAACAGGAUAAUAGCCUGCUUGAACAGUAUUUAACUUCAGUUCAACAGCUAGAAGAUGCUGAUGAAAGGACACAUUUUGAUGAAGGAAUAGAAGAUAGCAAAGUUCAUAUAGCUCAUUCCCCAGAAAAAUUGGAUGCCUUGUCUGACAAUGCUUCUGUAGGUGAGACUCCUACUUUGCAAGACGACAUGAGCCAAUCACCAGAGAAGUGUAAGUUGGAUGCAGAAAUUCAAGGGCAGCCGUCAGAAUGUGAUUCUUCAUUUCACGUAUUACAUGUUGAUAUUACUGUGUAG